CUCGGCAGCGUCAUCCAUUGGAUGCGAUGGACUAUUCGGGGCCCCUCAAGUAAAGAUUAAUUGAUUUACUUCGAGUGCCUGUCCCGCUGCCUUUCCACCUCUCCAAGUUGGUUUAUUUGACCUGUUCAGCUCAGCGACAGGCUCUUGCUGGACAGGAAUCAGGUAGCUGUGCGGGUCGCCCCUUGUUUUUGCUUUUCAAUCUUUUCAGCAUUCUCUCUGCUCCCCACCCCGAAGCUUCGAGCAAGCUUCAAGCUUCAAAUUUGGCAGAGAUGUCGCGAACAAUGGCGGGCGAUAUGGCAAGCCAGUACCAGAUGAUGGAGGAGCUGGGAAGUGGGAGUUUCGGAACGGUGUACAAAGCAAUCGACAAGUACACGGGAGAAAUUGUUGCGAUUAAACAUAUCGAUCUUGAGUCGAGCGAAGAUGAUAUCCAAGAAAUUCAGCAAGAGAUCUCGGUUCUGGCGACGUGCGCAAGCCCCUACGUUACCCAGUACUACGCAAGUUUCCUUCGAGGACAUAAACUAUGGAUUGUGAUGGAGUACUUGGGUGGCGGAUCGUGCCUUGACUUGCUCAAACCCGGAGUGUUCAACGAGGCGCACGUUGCGAUUGUCUGUCAACAACUUCUGCAAGGGUUGGACUACUUGCACUGCGAGGGAAAAAUUCAUCGUGACGUCAAAGCUGCCAACGUUCUUCUUUCUCACACCGGCAAGGUCAAGUUGGGGGAUUUCGGAGUUGCGGCACAGCUGACCAAUAUCAAAUCGCAACGCAAUACUUUCGUCGGAACCCCAUUCUGGAUGGCCCCGGAGGUUAUUCAACAGGCUGGAUAUGACUACAAGGCGGACAUCUGGUCGUUAGGUAUUACAGCCAUGGAAAUGAUUAACGGAGAGCCACCGCAUGCUGCCACUCAUCCGAUGAAAGUUCUAUUCCUGAUCCCGAAGGAACCUGCUCCUCGGCUGCAGGGCGAUGGAUAUAGCAAUGCCUUCAGAGACUUCAUCGCGCAGUGCUUGACCAAGGACCCCGAGCGUAGGCCUAGUGCGAAGGAACUUCUGCGACACAAGUUCAUCCGAAACGCUGGCAAGACGGAGGCCUUGCAAGAGCUUAUCCACCGCAAGCAGGACUGGGAUGGUGGACGAGGUGUGUCACGAAACGUGAAGUAUUAUGCGGAAUCUCUGAAUACUAUCACACAUUUGAAGGACGAUGAUGACUGGGUCUUUGAUACCGUCAAAGCACCCACGAUGAUCAUUCGCGAGGACUCCGAUAACUCCGAUAGCGGAUCUAUUAUUCACGAUCCUCUAUACGACGAGUCUUCUGAAAUGAUGGAAAACAUACGCAUUUCUAGUCCGCCGCCCCAGCCAAAAUAUGCAAACAAUACCGCUGUGCGCCGCGUUCCAGCACCGGACCGCAGUCCUUCCUUGCGACGACCAAAGCGGCAAUCGAGCGGUGUCAAGCAACCAUUAGGUGUGGACUUGACGUUUGGGAACAGCCCCUCCACGGUCCGCCAGUUCCGACGCGUAUCUGAUAAAGCUCCGGCUGAAGAUUCAUUCUCCUCAUAUCAGUUAGCUGGAGACGAAAAUAGUCCCAAGUCUAUAUAUUCUGAAAGCAACAGCAAGGAGGCUCAAUUAGGCCGUCGAGCAUACAGCAAAGCCGUAGGCCACGCUUGCCAGGAGGUGUUGGGCACCACAGCAGACCAGGAGAAGCGGGAAGCGAUUUCCCGACUUGCGGAAGCCUGGAGCGAUCUCGAGAUGGCCGACCCCGAGGGCCUAUACCACAUCCUCAAAGCCACAAAUGAGAAACUCUCUAGCGAUCCGAAGCUGUCAGGUCUCGUCCCACAGGCUCCACCACCCGAAUCCCCACAAAGGCCACGCCUGGUUCUUGCACAGAACAACCCACACCUGAAAAGCCACCGUCGACGCCAGUCAGCUGUGGUCGAGCCAAACCCGCAGCCACAGCUCGCCAACCUCCCCAGCCAGCCGGUGCCGGGCAUGGAGCAUAUCAAGCAACUCUCUGAUGUUCUCUACCAACGGUGGUCCGAUGGUCUUCGCAACCGAUGGCCCGGAGUAUAAAGCAUACAUUUUGUUUCUUUUGCUGUAUAAAACGGACACAGGCGUUUAAUACUCGGUUUCUGCGCUUUCCCGACGCUCGUUUCCUAGCUCGACAUAAUACCCUCACCCUUCGACAUAACAUCGAGGCUUUCAUCGCAUCCCGCGUCAUUGCGUGAGGGCAGCUGUGAUCUCGAUGCUGUUUUCCCUCUACACUGUUAAUUUGCCCCUAUCUUGGCACUCCUCCAGAACUGGGUUCUGGGUGGAUUUUCGUGAUUC